GCGCAAUUUACACAUCGCGUUCAGAUUCAAUGAUCCUGUAACUUAGUAGUUUGUAGCGGCUCUAAAUUAAUCAAAGCAUGGCUUCACUGCCCCAGAAAAGAAAAGUGUGCUACUAUUAUGACGGGGACAUUGGUAACUAUUACUAUGGACAGGGACAUCCUAUGAAACCCCACAGGAUAAGGAUGACUCACAACCUUAUUCUCAACUAUGGACUGUAUCGCAAAAUGGAAAUCUAUAGACCCCACAAAGCCACAGCAGAAGAGAUGACAAAGUUUCACAGUGACGACUAUAUCAAGUUCUUGCGCAGUAUUAGGCCUGACAACAUGGCUGAGUAUAACAAACAGAUGCAAAGAUUCAAUGUAGGGGAAGAUUGCCCUGUGUUUGAUGGCAUGUACGAGUUCUGUCAACUUUCUACUGGUGGUUCUGUAGCUGGCUCUGUGAAGCUAAACAAACAAGCAGCUGAUAUAGCAGUCAAUUGGGCUGGGGGGCUUCACCAUGCCAAGAAAUCUGAGGCAUCUGGAUUUUGUUAUGUCAAUGAUAUUGUACUUGGAAUUUUGGAACUGCUCAAGUACCAUCAAAGAGUGCUGUAUGUAGAUAUAGAUAUUCAUCAUGGUGAUGGGGUUGAGGAAGCCUUUUAUACCACAGACAGAGUGAUGACAGUCUCAUUUCACAAGUACGGCGAGUAUUUCCCUGGUACAGGAGACCUCAGGGACAUAGGUGCCGGUAAAGGCAAGUACUAUGCAGUGAAUUUCCCACUCAGAGAUGGCAUUGAUGAUGAGUCUUAUGAGAGCAUAUUCAAGCCGGUAAUUACAAGAGUAAUGGAGAUGUACCAGCCUAGUGCCAUUGUUCUACAGUGUGGUGCCGACUCUCUUUCUGGGGACAGAUUAGGUUGUUUUAAUCUGACACUCAAAGGUCAUGGCAAAUGUGUAGAGUUUAUCAAGAAAUGGAAUCUUCCAGUGUUGCUGCUUGGUGGCGGAGGUUACACCAUUCGCAAUGUAGCCAGGUGCUGGACUUAUGAAACCUCAAUUGCCCUGAACUCUGAUGUUGCCAAUGAACUACCCUAUAAUGACUACUUUGAGUAUUAUGGGCCAGAUUUCAAAUUGCAUAUCAGCCCAUCAAACAUGGCCAACCAAAACACUCCAGAAUACAUGGAUAAAAUCAAGACUCGUCUCUUUGAGAAUCUCAGAAUGUUGCCACAUGCACCUGGUGUACAAAUGCAAGCUAUUCCAGAGGAUGCAUUAAAUGAUGAAAGUGAAGAUGAGGAUAAAGCUAAUCCUGACCAGAGAAUUUCAAUUCGUCAGGCUGAUAAGAGGAUUGCUUGUGAAGAAGAAUUUUCUGACAGUGAAGAUGAAGACGGAGGCAGAAAGGACAGGAGAGACCAUAAGAAAAAGAGACAAAAAACUGAGGCUGAUGAAAAAGGUGACAAAGAAGCCAAGAAAGAAGAGAAAGAAAUAAAGAAAGAAGUUCCUGAUGUAAAGGAUGACCCAAAGUCAGCCAAUGACAAAGAUGAUAAGGCUGGAUCCCUGGCAGACAAAAAAGCUGAAACAUCUCCAAAAGGCGAUUCCUCAGCUGCCACCCAGGAGAAAGAAACAAAAGAAACAGAUUCCAAGCCAGCUGCCUCCUCUAGCGCUGCUGGUGAGCCAGAGAAGAUGGAGCAUUGAUGAUGGGAUUUUUAUCUGGAUGAUUGUGAGAAUUGCAUUUAGGGAGAUUUUAAAAUCAGUCCGUGUUUUUACAUGAGUUUUACCGUAAAUAUUAUACCAGCUAAUAGAAAUGUCAUGAAAUUCAACAGAUUUUGGCAUUGUUUUGGCUGAUUUUGACUAUUAUACUGAUGGUACAUAUUUUAACAAAGAAUUGCAAAUGAUUUAUAUAAUGGAGCAAAGGUGUAAUAUAUUUUUAAAGAAAGGCUAUUAUGAAAUCUUACAUCAGCAUUACUCCACCUUAUCUGUCUUGAUCUGUUUAAAUUGAUGUAGUCACUCAAUCAGAAGUUUUAGUAUUUUGUGUUGGGGAAGUUGAGAGGAUUUGAUAGGAACCAAGUUUUUACAGCAGCUACCAUUGAAUGUUGAUUGACAGUACCAGCUGAUGUAAUAAAUGUAAGAACAAUUAUUGUGCUGUAAUGCUUUCAUUUUGGUCACUCAAAUCUCUUUUUACAUGGCUUUUAUUUAUAAAAUUGUUAAAGUUACCCUAGUAUUCAGUUGAUUUUUCUGUCAGAUGAGUAUAUGGCUAAUAAUAAGUGUGUAUUAAAAGAUGGCACUGAGUUGAGAAACACCUAUUUACAAAAAGAUUGGUACACUUAAGUGGUUGACCAUUGAAGUUUCACAGAUAAGAUCAUUUUAUUUAUUUAAGCAAUUGACUUUUUUCAGUUCAUUUAAAUUGAUGGAAUAUUUGUAUGGAUUAUAUUGGUUUCCAGAUACUGCCUUUUUAGCUUGAGGGCUUGAAGUCUACCAUGUCAAAUAAUCCGUGAAAUUGCUGGUUACAAUGGUUAAAACGGGGUUACAAUGUUAGUCAUGGGGUUGGGUAAGGUUCCAUGCCUUGACUUCUUGUGUUUAAAAUAUUUACUUAAUGUUAGUCGAGGUACACAGUGCUCUUUAAGUGUUGUACUUAGGUGUUCACUUAUUUUCUUCAAUAGACAUCACACCAGUUGUCAACAGCACUAAUGUCUGACUGUUACCUCACUUCUAAUGUGAAUAUUUCAUCAGAUUCUGACUUAGAAAUAAAACCCUUUUCCCUUUUGAUGUAGCCUACAUACCUUGCCAGUUAAGCUAAAACACUAACUGGUCUAUGUAGCCUACACCUUGCCAGCUAAGUGACUGGUCCAUGUACAAACCUGCAACAUGUAAAAGCACCAGCAGGUGAAUGUUAAUACUUGUUGUACUACUUUGAAGAAUAAAUUUUUAUGUCUGUAAACUU